GGAAGUGAGAGGCUGGGAUGCCGCUUGGAAUGAAUGUGAUGUGGUUGUGCGCGGCGCUGACAGCGGUGCUCCGUCCGUGUAUGUAUCCUGACACGUGAGCGAGCUGCACGCCUCCCGCUAUGCUUCUCAGAGCUGCUGUGUCGUUACAGGCGCUGCUCUGGAUGCUGAUGCUGUGCUGCUCUACUCCAUCUAAAGCUGCAGAGAAGAACCCGUGUGAUACCUGCAAAAACUUGGUGGACAGGUUCCACAAGGGACUAGAACAGACCUCAAAAAAGAAUUUUGGAGGAGGAAAUACUGCUUGGGAGGAAAAAACACUAUCCAAAUAUGAAUCUAGUGAAAUCCGCCUUGUGGAGAUUAUUGAAAAUCUAUGUGACAGCAGUGACUUUGAGUGCAAUGUCAUGGUAGAAGAACACGAAGAGCAAAUUGAGAAAUGGUGGUUCAAAAUGAAGAAAAAGUAUCCAGAUUUACUGAAAUGGUUUUGCAUAGAAACGAUUGAAGUGUGCUGUCCUCCUGGGACUUAUGGACCUGAAUGCUUAGCUUGUCUAGGUGGAGCAGAACGGCCAUGUCACGGGAAUGGAUUUUGUAGUGGUGACGGUACCAGACGUGGAGAUGGAUUGUGCAGUUGCAAGGCAGAGUAUACUGGGCCAUUUUGCCUUGAAUGUGCAGAUGGAUACUUCAAUUCAGAAAAAAAUGACACUCACUCUGUUUGUACUGCUUGCCACGAAUCCUGUAAAACAUGUGAUGGCCCAUCUAACACAGGCUGCAAAGAAUGUGAGGAAGGAUGGACCAAAGGAGAUGACGGCUGUGUGGAUGUUGAUGAAUGUGCAGCAGAGAACCUUCCAUGUAAAGAGGAUCAGUAUUGUGUGAACACAGAAGGAUCUUUUUCUUGCAUAGGAUGUGAUGAAAGUUGUGCAGGAUGCUCCGGGGAGGGUCCAGAUAAAUGUAAAGACUGUGCGAAUGGAUAUGUGUUAGAAGAGGACAAAUGUACAGAUAUCAACGAGUGUGACAGUUCUGACAAGGUUUGUUUAAGAGACAAUGAGAAUUGUGUGAACACUCAUGGAAGCUAUAAAUGUGUUUGUGCAGAAGGAUUUGAAGACCGAGAUGGAAAAUGUGAGGAGGUCACGAAGACAGAAGAGGAAGAGGAGGCAGAACAGAACACGUCCUCCAAUGCAGUAGAAGAUUCUAUGAAUGUGCACGAAGAUUUAUGACGGACAGCGGCUUAACAUUAAUUUAAGUAUUGUUUUAAGUUAUUGGACUCCAUCUCUACACUCAGCAUACUGUGGAUUACAGGUUCUGUUAACCUGAAAUAAAUGCCCUUUAUCUGGUAUUCAGAUUGGAUUUGCCCUAAAUGUUGUACAUGCCCCUUUUCAAUAAAAGUGAGAUGUGUCUUUUAUUUUGAUAUAAUACUUUCUAAUAAACGUUCAUUCAGU